GGUCAACAAAGAGAGGUGUCCCAGAUGAUGGAUGUGUGAUGAAGAAAAGAAGGCGCAGGACACAGGAGACUGGCUCUGCGGAGGGCCUUUUAUCUGUGGGCACCACGGGGGAGCAGCAGGCAUCUUGGCUCUGGAGACGGCUGCGUGGCAAGAGGCGCUCAGCGAUGGCAUUCUGCCUCUUGAUGAUCCUGUCUGUGGUGGCUGUUAACCGCUUCCCCCCAGAGCAUCUAGCACCUGGCCCAGACCCUGGCCCUGUGGAACCCAGGGAUACUGGCACCCCUGGGCCCCACGUUCGACAAGCUCUGAGCUCUAGCCGGAGACAACGAGCAAGGAGCAUGGGGUUCUGGAGAGGCCGGGCUUUGCCAAGGAAUUCCAUCAUGGCCUGUGCUGAGAAUCAAGGCCAGAGAGGGCAAAUGGACAGAAGGAGGCAGUCCCCAGAAGGGGACACCAGACAUUCAGGGAGGGCCAGGAGGGACAUUUCUUUGGCAGGAGAUUUGAGAGUCAGUACCCAGCAUCUUGUGCAUAUGGGGGAGCAUGAAGUCAGAGACGCAGGAAACAAAGCCCUGGGACACCCCUGGCAUGGCAGCCCCAUCAAGGAGACGUGGAGAGAGAUGGGUUUCCUUGUCAACCCUCUCAGAGGGAGCAAGGGGGCAGCUCUUCCAGCUUGGAGAGCUACUGCUGGUCUGACCCCCCCAUCUCACCCAAUGGCAGGCAGGGAUCUGCUGCUGGGGACUGAAGACAGAGUCUCAACUGGUGGGGAACAAACAGGGGACAACACUCCAGGCUUGGAGGCUCAUCAGUGGCCUGGCUCUGUUGGGGAGCUGCAAAUGUCCACAUGGUGUGAUGCUAAGACUCCUGGACUGUUGGCCAGCCCCAGGACUGCUGGGCAUGUUCCCCCAUGGUUCACAGACCAUGAUGUGCAGACCCUUCAGCUGCUGGCCCAGGGAGAGGUGGUGGGCAAAGCCAGGGUCCCAGCCCAUGGACAGGUGCUGCAGGUUGGCUUCUCUGUCCAGGGUGCCCUUCAGGACAUGUCUCCUCCCAGGUUCAGCCAACUGUGCUCCCAGGGACUCUGUGGUCUGAUCAAGAGGCCUGGGGACCUGUUCGAGGUCCUUUCCUUCCAUGUGGACCGUGUGCUAGGUCUUCGCCGGAGCCUGCCUGCUGUAGCUCGGCGCUUCCACAGCUCCCUGCUGCCCUACCGCUACACAGACGGUAGCCCAAGGCCUGUCAUUUGGUGGGCACCUGACGUGCAGCACCUGGGUGACCCGGAUGAGGACCAGAACUCUCUGGCCUUGGGCUGGCUGCAGUACCAGGCCCUGCUGGCACAUGGCUGUAGUUCGCCAGGUCAGGCCUUGUGCCUGGGCAUCCACCGUGGGGAGUGGGCACGCCUGGCACUCUUCGACUUCCUUCUGCAGGUUCAUGACCGCCUGGAUCGCUACUGCUGUGGCUUCGAGCCUGAGCCCUCAGACCCCUGUGUGGAAGAAAGACUGCGAGAGAAAUGCCGGAACCCCACAGAGCUGCGACUGGUCCACAUUCUGGUUCGGAGCAGCAAUCCGUCUCAUCUGGUCUACAUCGACAAUGCCGGCAACCUUCAGCACCCUGAGGACAAGCUGAACUUCCGGCUGCUGGAGGGCAUUGAUGGGUUUCCUGAGUCUGCCGUGCAGGUUCUUGCAUCAGGGUGUCUACAGAAUUUGCUGCUCAAGUCAUUGCAGAUGGACCCUGUGUUCUGGGAGAGCCAAGGUGGAGCCCAGGGGCUGAAGCAGGUCCUGCAGACUCUGGAGCGGAGGGGACAAGUCCUGCUGGGACACAUCCGGAAGCACAACCUCACACUCUUCAGGGAUGAUGACCUGUGAGUCCAUGGCUGCCCAAGCAGGGCCCCUUGCUGGUGGGCUCCUUGCAGCACACCCCUCGGCUGAUCUGAUGAGCAUCCAUCUGAUGGCCAUGUUUCCUUGGGCUCGCCCAUCUUGAAGACAAGUGGGAAAAGUCAGAAACCAGAGGGUUACAUGGGUGCCAGGGAUGUUUCUCCUACUUGGGAUGGUGGAUAUGGUGUUGGAUUUUUAAUCUCGCCACAUUCUUUUCUGCCUUCUGGGCUCUGGCUGUUUAUCCCAUCACACAAACAUGUUCGGGGAUGUUCUGUGAACUGGUCCAUGGAGCAGUGUAUCUGUUUGUGUAGAGCUGGACGUGUGUGUGUGUGUGUGUGUGUGUGUGUGUGGUAUGUAGGUGUGCAUGGCAAGUGUGCACGCCCACAUACAAUAUGUGAGACAAGCUUAAUAAAAGUCUUCAUAGAAUUUUACUUGUGACCCGGAACUGCUCUGACUGAAGGCUGAUUCAGGUCUGAGAUAUUAACCCUAAGUAUUUGUCUUUAUAGGCUUUAACUUUUCAAUUCCUACUAGUUAUGGGUAUCUUUUUUUUUUAAGUUAUAAAAGUAAUCAUGCUCACUAAAAUCAAAUUAAUAAGUAAUAGAAGCAAUUAAUAGAAUAAGCGACAGUACCAGAAUCUCCCUAGAGAUGUAUAUGUAUGUUAGCCAAACUCACACUAGAUGCAAAUUUAAAAAAAUAGUAAAAGUGGGCUCAUACUUGCUUUUCAACCACACUUUUUACUUUGUUCACAAUACUAUAUUGGUCAUCUGAAUUGACCUAAUUUUUAUUGAUGGGUACAUGAAAUUCCAAGGCAGGAAUGUGUCAUUUUAUUCAACCAUUCCCAUAAUAUUAAAAUGGCUAAUUUUAACCAAUAAACAAUGCUGUGAACAUCACUGCAUGACAUGAAAUAUUUGCCAGCUAGAUUCCCACAAGUGGAUUUCUGGGUCCAAGUUAUGGACACUGUUUUAAAAGAAAUUGCCAUCCAAAAUGUGCUGUCAAUCUAUACUUCUACUAAGAAGGCAGAGAACUAUUUCCCUAUACCCCAAUACUUGAUAUUCUUAGACUCGAUUUGUUUUUUAAUCACUUGAAAUACUUAUUCACUAUAAACACCAAUUUAGUGUUCAAUUUUCCAAUAUCUUUGUAUUACACUUUUUAAUAGUUCCAAUUAGUUACACAUGACAGUAGAAUGCAUUUUGACACAUCAUACAUAAAUGGAGUAUAACUUCUCAUUCUUCUGGUUGUACAUGAUAGUUACACAGGUCGUGUAACCCUAUAUGCACAUAGGGAAAUAAUGUCCGCUUCAUUCUACUACCCUUCCUACCCCCAUACCCUCUCCUCCUUCACUCUCCUCUGUCUAAUCCAAAGUAACCUUAUUCUUCCCUAGUUGUCCCCCACCACCUUAUUGUGAAUUAGCAUCUGCAUAGCAGAGAAAACAUUUGACCUUUUUAUUCUUUGGGAUCAGCUUAUUUCACUUAGCAUAAUAUUCUC